GUGACUCUCUUCCGCUUCUCUUACGUCAACCGACGCGUCGGUACGUUCCUCAAUGUUGCGCGGUUGCCGUGGUUACCAGAGAAGCCGUAGGAGUCCCCGGCAGCGCGCGGGGCGCCGAGGGGUUUUGUGUGGCCCUGCUUCAUAAGUGUGCCUGAAUUUUGGAAGGCCAUGGAUCGACAUGUUCCUAUGCAUGCAUUACCAGAAGAAAUCCAAAAGAUGUCCCGGGAUGAGACGGUGUGUAAAUAUUGUGGAGUCAGCUAUUUGAUCCUUCACGAGUUUAAGCUGAUGGAAGACAAAGUAAAAGCAAUGGAAAAGGAGAUGAAGUUUUAUGAAGGAAGUGUAGAGCGGGAAAAAAGACUUCAAGCGCAACUACAGUGUCUUAGUCGAGACUUCGAACAGUGCACAGCUGACAGUGAAUCAAAAACAGAAAGAAUAAAUAACCUAACUGUGCAGUUGAAAGACCAACAAAAUGAACUACAAAAUCUGAAUGAGGCCUUGAGAUGCUUCCAAGAAGAGAAGGAAGUUGCAUAUAAAAAGUUACAACUGUUCAGAAAAAGAUUGGAGAACCAUCGGUUAACUCUAAGCAAGACUCUUUCAUUAAUUCCCUUUAUUAGAAGAGAGCUAGUCAGUAUUAAAGAAAUUGCAUCUAAUAAGAUAGACAACUGGACUGUACUGAGAGAAGAGAUUGUUCUACAAAUAAAAACUAUAAGCAAAGACGCAUCGACAGAUUUAACAAAUCAAGUAGAGACAAUUGGACUCAAGUUUCAGAAAGCAACAACUGAAGUGGGCCACUACAAAAAACUACUCAUGAUGAAAUCAAAGGAAGUUGACAUCUGUCAAAGUGAACUUCAAAAGCUGGAGUAUGAAAAUGGAAUGUCUAAAUCCAGACUUACUAAAGAUCUAAAAGAAAAAGAAGAGUCUUUGCUAGUUUGCCAACAAGUAUGCAAACGUUUACAGGAAGAAGUGGCAGAGAAAGAAAGGCAAGAAGAAGAUCUAAAAAGAAGAACCAGUUGCUCAGAGUGUGAACUGGAAACAAUUAAAACUCUUCUUAGACAGAGAGAGGAAGAAGUAGUAAUGCUGAAACAAGAAAGGGAGUUGAUGCAGAUUUCUCAUCAGAACAAAACAGAGCAGCUGCAGGAAGCAUUAAGACAGAAGCUUCUGAAUGAAGAUAACUGGAGGGAAAAGAUGGAAAUUGCUCUAGCUAAACACCAAGCACGACACACAGAAGAGAUUUUCAGGCUCAAGGAAGACGCCAGAAUGGAACUAGACAUUGAAAGACAAAAGCACCAAGAAUUAAUAGCAAAAUAUCAGAAAGCUCAAGACGAACUACAGAUGAAGAUACCUGAAUUAAUAUCCAGUGCCAUCAACAGCCUAAGGAUGGAAGUGGGAAUUCUUAAAAACCAGCUUCAGGAAGCCCAGAUCAAACUUACAGAGAAAGAUGAAGAUAAGGAAGAAGAAAUGCGAAGCCUUAAAAGGCUGGUUACUAAGCUUGAACUUCAGCGGAAGAAGGAACAGAACAACAGUGAUUCAUUAUCAGAGGACAUGAGGAAAGAAAUUAAAGAGAAGUCAGAUGAACUGGAAAAAUUAACCCAGGAGCAAGCAGAGCUGAUUCAGAAUUUGAGUCAGGCUCAAGAGGAGAACUCUCUUCUCCAGGAAACGGUGCGCAGAGAGUGUGAGGAACGCUAUGAACUAACUGAAGCUUUGACUCAAGCUAGAGAACAAGUAUUGGAACUGAAGAGGCUCAGUGGAAACUUCCCACUGUCACAAUGUUCACUCAGUCAGGGCAGCCUAACCUCCUGUGCUGCACUGGUCAGUAAUCAUGGACAGAAGAGCCUUACGAGCUCAAACUCUGGGAAGGGAAUCACACACUCAGGCCUGUGUGGCAUAUCAAGAGCUGCUAAUGCACCAGCCUUCAAUAACCACAAAAGCAGUGGUAAAGUGGGUUUGCCAGCUCUAACUCCACCACACCCUCCCAGGGGAAGAGCGUCUUCUGUGAAUGAAUCCAAGAACAGAAUAACUGCAGUUAUAAGAAGACAACUGAGUCAGCUCUGAUGUGUAAAAAUGUCAAGGACAGUACAUUGAUAAACCAUGAAAACCAUUUCAGUGCAUCAUAUGGUCACUUAAUUAUGGACCAUAGGGGCAAAAUGGUACCAGAAAGUUAACUUUUCCUGGCAAUUAGCCCAUUUCAAUUUUAUUUUAUUUUUGGUACAAUUUAAAAUUAAGCUAAAAUCUGUUAUGUAGUUAUAUUUUACAAGGCAAUCAUGGUUGCUUAUUUUUUGUUCAACAAUAUAAGGGAGUUAAAAUGCUAUAUGUAUUUCAAGAUGGGAAAUAUACAAAUGAAAACACAGUACCCCUCCAAGAGGUGUCUUCAGCAAAUCUGGCACAAUUGGAAUUAAGAUAUUUGCAAAGCUCCAGAAUUAUUUCACCAAACCACCACCACGUCCUGGUCUCUAUAUUUCAGAUUGUAUCCAGUUUAACUCCAGUGCCCAUUAGUGCUCUACAAAUGUAGCUCAUUCAUUAAGGGACAGAUUUUGUCCUCCUUUCAUUGAGUAGUAACAUACUUGCAAGUAGUUCCAUUUCAGCCAAUGGGAUUGACUGCUUUUGGAAUAAUAUACUAGUCACCAUGAGAGAAGAUGGCAGAAUCAGACCCUAAAUAAUAGACAAAAUAUUGCAGGGACGCAACCUCCCACCCAUUGCUGUAUAAGUCCUGAACCCACUCCAGGAAAGGAACAGCACUAUUCACUCAAAGGAGUAGUGAUGUGGGCCAGAGCCCAUAUGUAAAUUGACCUAGCUCCACUGAGGUCAUUGAAAUGAUGCCAAUUUAGGCAUAUGAGGUGCUAAAAGUCUUAUAGGGAUCUUUUAAAAUUCUUCCUUUAAGAGAAAUGACUUACUAUGUACCAAAAUUAAAACCCAGUGUCCCUAGGGUAUACACUGUUCCAGUUACCAUUUCCGUAACUCAGGACCUCAAGUGAUGUGACCGCUUUAGUAAUGCACUGUAUCCAAAAGCCAGCAGGUUCGGUACUGCCUCAGUCUGAAAGAUGUGGCCUUUUGAUUUUCAGCAAACAAACAUCAUCCUCUUUUUAGUUUGAGGCGCUCCUUCUGUUUGUACAUAGGGCAUGCACUCAGUUGUUACACAACAGAGUUAACAUUUUCAUUUUACUACCGUGAACUUGGGGCUGUGCUUUUUUCUGGAACAUGUCACAGGGAUACUCAUUUAAAAUAAAUAAA